CAACAAUAUUUAAUACUAACAUUUACUAGGGUUGAAACUUGGAUGCUAUAUAUUGGAAGGUGUUUUCUCAGGAUUUUCAUUCCAGGGCAUUGCUCAUCUCUCUAUUCAUACACACACUAAGAAACAUUCUUCAAAAACAAUGUCGACCAUUGUUGCUCCUCUCGAGCAUUCUCCUCUUGAAGAUGCUGAAGUUAUCUACCAGGCUUGCAAAGGAUGGGGGACUGAUGAGAAGGCAAUAAUUUCAAUACUGGGUCAUAGAACUGCAUAUCAAAGGCAGCAGAUCAGGAGAGCUUAUCAAGAACUUCACCAGGAAGACCUUGUCAAACGCCUCGAGUCUGAACUCAGAGGAGACUUCGAGAGAGCUGUCUACCGAUGGAUAUUGGAACCUGCCGAUCGUGAUGCUGUACUAGCCCACGUGGCCCUCAAGAAACUUCACCCUGCUGUGAUCAUCGAAAUCGCCUGCGUUCUAUGUCCCGAAGAGCUCUUGGCUGUGCGGAGGGCUUACCAGGCUCGCUACCAGCACUCCCUGGAAGAAGAUGUGGCUGCUCAUACCACUGGUGAUAUGCGCAAGCUCUUGGUUGGCUUAGUGAGUGCAUAUAGGCAUGCUGGUCCUGAGAUCAAUGAGAGAUUGGCUAAAACUGAGGCUGAAAUUCUUCAUGAAGCUAUCAAGCAUCAUGAUUAUGAAGAAACCAUCAGGAUUUUGACCACAAGGAGUAAGGCACAGCUCAUAGCAACUUUCAAUCGUUACAGAGAUGAACAUAGCAAUUCCAUUACUAAGAAUCUGUCAGACUCUAAGCAUCAGGAGUUUUCAGCUGCUCUGCGUACAAUCAUUCGCUGCUUCAUCGACCCAACUAAGUACUAUGAAAAGGUUAUCCGCAAUGCAUUGAAAGGGAUUGGGAGCGAUGAGGGUGCACUCACUCGAGUGAUCGUUACCCGGGCAGAGAAGGACUUGAGGCAGAUCAAAGAGGCUUAUCACAACAGGAACAGUGUCUCUCUUGAACAUGCAGUGGCCAAGGAGACUUCAGGGGACUACAAACACUUCCUUGUAACUUUGAUAGGCCAAGAAGGUUAAGAUUAUUGUCAUGGGGACUGGUCAGAUGGUGAAAAUUUGAAAUAAUGGGUGACUUGGUUGGACUUUGUUGGUCACUUUUAUUUGGCACUCUGAUCUUUUAUUUUUGUUGUGAGUUUCUUUAUGUGGGUUGUGUUUCUUAGUUAUGUCCCUGUCUAGUGUGCUUUCAGUUAGCUUUACUUCAAUGAGUAUCAGUCUUUUAUGAGUGCUAUCUAUAAAAUUUUAUAACUUGCUAUGGAUA